CCACAAAGAAGGUGUCUGUGCUCCACUUACUUCAACAUAUUGCCUGAGAUGAGAAGGCAGGAAGAGACGACUCUGACGUCACUCCGCCCAGGUAAGCGCUGGCCACGCCCCUUUGCGCAGGUUGACGCCUGCGACGUGUCCGAGCACGGGAGGGCUGCUGACACAAGUGCACUUUGGAUUCCUCGCGUUACAUUCGCAUUUCUGAAAAUUCGACACCCAAGAGUCUGCCAGUACUCAAGCCACCACAACGAUGGAAGCAGAACCAACAGACAAGCCCCGACCAUCACACGGUCAGCUGAUCUACGUCCCUCACAAGGACACGGUUCGUCUGCUGGAGGUCUACGUGAAGAGAAGUCUGAGCCUAAAUGAUGGGACCCUCGGAGCUCAUUUGUCUCACAGGAAAGAAAAGUGGGUGAUGCCGAAAAGACCAAGGAGACACUCCAGUGAUCCCUCUCUUCACGUGGGGGAGAGUGUUAGCAACGAGGAAAUUGGGGUGUUUGCCGCAUCUGAACUGGAGAAACAACUUGAGGGUGCAGAGCGAAAGAGUAAAAAACCCAAAAAGAAGGCAUCAUUGUGGAAAAACUUUGUUAGUUUUUUCUCCCGGAAGAUAGCGGACAUCGAGGAGGAGCCAGAGAGUUCAGCAGAGGAGCCUGACCCCAUGGCCUCCUGUGUGCCUACAACCCCCAAUGUGUCCAUGCGGAAGAAAAAGUCGUCACGGAAAAAGAGUCUCAGGAGACACUUCUCCAAAAAACGUUUGUCCCUGAUCAAGCUGGACAAGGAGGAGUCGUGUGUCACUGCGGUGGACGCGGUGAGUGUGGAAUCCACAUACUCCUACUAUGAGAAGGUGUCUGAGGAGCUGGAUAAAAUCAUCCAUGAAGUCAAAGAGGAAGUUCCUGCAUCAACAAACGAUACCGAUUUAUCAAAUUACUCAAGUCAACGUGUGGCGGCAAGGAAGACCUCAGGCGGGCUGAUCAAGGUGUCAGAGGAGCUGGAAAAAAUCCUCCUUGACGUCAAAGAGAAAAAGGAGGCUCCAGCUUUAACAAAGGUGGAGAUCCAGCAGCUCAUCGCCAUUACCAUGAAAGAAGGAGAUGCUAUCAACGAUAAGAUCAAAGAAAACAAGGCGCUGAGUAACUUCUUCGAGCAAAUGUCGUACUCAGCAUUCCAGAAAUUAGCUGACGUUUACAUUGAGAGCGAGGCCACACCAACAUACAGCCCUCCCACCGUUCUGCCAACGGCACCCGAGCUGGUGAAACUGGCCUUCACACUAGACUUCACAGCCAGGAUCGCAGCCCUCUCCAAACAGAAUGUCAGUCACAUCACCAGCCUCGGGAACAGAUACCUACGGGACCGAUUUGAGUACCAGCAGGCCUGCACUGACCACCCCUGGUCAGAGACUGACGAUUGAAGAACUGAAACCAAAAAUAACUUUUGCUUUUUAAGUUUUUUUUUCUGGAAAAUUGUGAAUCUAUCUGUAUGUCUGAGAAUAUUUCCAGUUGUGCAACAGGAUGUGUGCUGGCAAACCAGACAAGUGACUUUGGGAGUUCACCAAGUGUGGCGAAAUUGAUGGGGUUAUGUGAGAAAAAAUAUGUGAAAUACACUACACUGAACGUGUUGUUUACUGUGCCAUCAUUAUUUUUGUAUGAGAGAUGGAUUUGACUGUGAAUGCUGGCAUUCCUGUUCGAGCUGAAUAAAUGUUUUUUCACUAAAUACAGAGUAAUGUUUUGUUUAUGACCGAAGGAUCACAAAAGUGAAUGUGUCGCACAUCACUUUCUGUUUGCUUUGUGAU